AUGCCACAGAUUGUAAUACUACUCCGCGCUGGCUCAGUACUAGGCAUACCGCGCGUCCAGCUCCAAGAUGUUACUAAGAUUGUCUGCAAUCGUAUUAACAGCGACGGGCUUGAGCAGUUUCUUGUCGUAUGGGCGGGCAAGUACGAACGCCACAGCGUGCCGCUUUCCUGGCACUCUAUCAACGAACUUUCCAGCUGCCUUGAGCUGGUACAGGAAUACCUGGACAACAAGACGCGCUUCGACCCCCCUUCACGCAAACGAAAAUCGCCCGACAGCGAGCCUAGCACCAAUGGGCACCUCCUAAACCCGGCUGAGCGUAGAGUCAGACAAAAGAGCCGCUCUUCAUCCGUCACAAGUUCCGCUUCUGAUUCGUCUCGCUCCUUGGCUGUCACCGAGCUCGCAUCACGUGACAUCGAUGUCUACAACGGAGUCAUUCAGGUGAAAGAUGACUUUAUCACGGUUAAGGCCUCUACCGAGCCCGGCAUCGACAGAAUCAACUCAGACGAUGUUCCGACGCCAGCGAUGCUCUCGAGGGCACGCUCUUCGGCCACCAGCACCGCCGACGACCGAAUUCGCAUGGAAGUGAUUCACCGUCUUAGACAGCUACCUGGGCCGCCGGUUACAUUGUUUAACAAGAUCGAUCGGUCUUCUCCGCCCUUGAAGUUCCAGUUCAUCACCCAGUCCAUCCUUCGCGAAGGCGUUGAGAAGGCGGAUCCAGCUACGAUGACUGGGUGCCAAAAAUGCCGCCCUCACAUGGGACAGAAUAUCGGUUGCGAAUACACCAAGAAAUGCGACUGUCUCGAGUAUGCGGCAGUCGACGUGAAGCGGCUCAAUGACGUUACGAAACCCAUCUACGACAAGUACAUAGCAGGCAUGGAUGUCGACUUGUCUCAACUGCCGAAGCGAUUCCCCUAUUUCAGCAACGGCGAUAACACCGGCUGUCUCGUCCCAUUCUACCUCAACGAACGACACCCAAUCUACGAGUGCAACAAGUACUGCAUGUGCGGCCCUGGCUGCAAAAACCGGAUCGUGCAACAUGGAAGGCAGGUCGACCUCGUAAUCUUCAAGACGAAAGACCGUGGCUGGGGACUGAAAUCCACACAAGGGCUCCGCCAAGGCCAGUUCAUCGACACCUACCGAGGCGAAAUCAUAACGGAUGCGGAGGCAACCCGUCGCGAGAAAGCAACCUCGAGUAUCCUGAACAGCUACCUCUACUCGCUGGACAAGUUUGCGGAGGAAAACGAACUGAAACCUGAAGACCUCUACGUCGUCGACGGCGAGUAUUUCGGAGGACCCACCCGGUUCAUGAACCACUCGUGUGAGCCCAACUGUCGUCAGUACACCGUAUCCUACAACAAGCAUGACGUCCGUGUGUACGAAAUCGCUUUCUUUGCGUAUCGCAACAUCGAACCGGGUGAGGAACUCACCUUUGACUAUCUGGACAAGGACGAAGAGGAGGAGGACGAGGUGGAGGAGGAUGCUCCGCCGCCUUCUCAGGAGAAGCCUGGUGAUGCUCAGGGGGAGACAAAACUAGUGAAAUGUCUGUGUGGAGCCAAAAAGUGCAGGAAGUGGCUCUGGAUGUGA